AGGGCAAGGCUGACUCACUAAAGAUGUCUGAGGAAUGAGAGAGAGAGAGAGAAAUAUAGGUACAGAGUGAGAGGGACUGAGAGAGGUAGAAGUGUAGAAAGUAGGAGAGAGAGGAGACUGGAGCAGAGGUGAUCUUGCCCUCGUAAGUGUCAGGACUACAGGAUGAUUAUGGGUUGAGAAGGGGGUGAUGGAGGGAAACAAAGUUCUUCAUUUCGUGCCAUCCGAGGCUCCCUCCUCAGGGAUGGCUAAGAAUGGAUACUUUUAUCAAGAGAUGGAGCAGAGGGAGCGAGAGGAACAGGAGGAGGGGAGCGAGGAGCGAGAGGAGGGCCAGGACUCUCCCAUCCCAUCAGGAGAUGACAUUCAUCUCUACGGCAACCAGACACACCAUGGAGGGACAGAAUCCGAUGUCCAUGGCUGUGUUCUGCUUAACACGUCUCGAAGGUAUGUAAAGCUAAUGAACUUUGAGGAAGAGGUGCGUGCUCAUAGAGAUCUGGACGGGUUUCUGGAGAGGGCCAGUAUUCUGCUGCAUGAGGAUGAGGCAUCUCUGGACGAUGUGUUGAAGACAAUGCUCCGCCACGUCUCGCAGGACCCGCACACCGCCGAGCCCUCCUGCAACUUCGAGGAAAUCAUGAGCUCCCUAUUCACAGACGCCGGGUCACAGGAGGUCAAUGUGCAUCUAUUGUCAGAGACGCUGCAGUGUGUGACAGCCACAGCCACAGGGAUCCAGUACCAGCAGUCCUGGCUUUGCAUCCUCUGUAAUGUGAAGAACCUGCAGAGGCGGCACGUGUGUAUCUCUCGCCUGGAUCGUCCACAGAACUGGGGGGAAAAUUGUGCAGAAGUCCGCUAUGUUAUCCUCAUUCUGGCACCUUCUAAAAUGAAAAGCACUAAGACGGCCAUGGAGCUGGGCAGGACGUUCGCCAGCAUGUUCUCGGACAUCUCCUUCAGACAGAAGCUGCUAGAGUGUAAGACUCAGGAAGAGUUUAAAGAGGCACUGGUCAUCCAGAGGUACCACCUGACCGCUGCCAAGCGUAAAACCACGGCUGUGGAGGGCGAAGAAACAGACCCACACAGCCAAAAACCACUGAAGUGUAGAGAUUUUUUCAGAGUGGGCAGAGGAAUCUAUGAGGAUCUGUGUCGUCGUCUGCCUCUCUACCCAUCUGACUUCACUGAUGGAUUAGUAGGCAAUAACAAAGCCCUUGUGAAGUUUAUGACGACGUCCAUCUUCCUCUACAUUGCUGUGCUGCUUCCUGCCAUCGCUUUUGGCUCGCUCAAUGAUGAGAGCACUCGGGGAGAGAUUGAUGUUCAGAAGACGAUCAUUGGGCAGAGUAUAGGUGGAAUAAUCUACUCGUUAUGUGCUGGAUCGCCUCUGGUCAUUCCAUUGACCACAGCACCCAUUGCUAUUUUCAUCAGUGUGAUUAGGGGGAUCUGUGAUGAUUAUGAGCUGGACUUUGCAGCAUUUUAUGCAUGUAUCGGUUUGUGGAACAGCCUCUUUCUCAUCAUGGGAGGAGUUUUCAACCUCAGCCUGCUUGUAAAGCUCUUCAAGAGGUCGAUAGAGGAGGUGAUAGCUUUGUUCAUUUCCAUUGCUUUUGUUGCAGAUGCAGUUAAAGGCACUGUAAAAAUCUUUCAUGAAUUCUACCAUGCUCCCACUCUGGCCAAUGGGAGUGCAGCAGAGUUGAGUCGCAUCAGCGGAAGUGUACAUUUAGGGGAACUUAACCUGACAGAGGCGGUACCUGUUUCCCUCCCAGAAUCCUUCAUUCUGUGCACACGGGCACGGCCACUUCUCUUUCUCCUCCUCAUGCUGGGCACACUGUGGGUGGGAUACACACUCUACCAGUUCAGGAGAAGUCCAUUUCUGCAUGUGAAGAUGAGAGAGAUUCUGUCCGACUGUGCUCUGCCUAUCUCAGUGCUUGUCUUCUCUUAUGUGGGAUCAUACGUCUUCAACGACAUUGCCUUGCCAGUGUUUAAUUCCUAUGAAGGUCCAGUGUUUCAAGUAGCCCCAUUGGAUAAACUGACUGGAGCGAGUGUCCUGAGCGCAAUGGGUCUGGGCUUCCUCCUGUUUCUUCUCAUCUUUAUCGACCAGAACAUUGUGGUGUCACUUACAAAUGCACCUGAGAACAGGUUACUGAAGGGCACUGCAUAUCACUGGGACCUGACUCUGUCUGGCUUGAUUAAUAUUUUGAUGUCUGUGCUGGGCUUGCCGUGGAUGCACGCUGCUUUCCCUCACUCCACAUUGCACGUCAGACAGCUGGCCAUCGUGGAAGAGCGGGUGGAAGGAGGACACCUCUAUGAAACUAUAGUGAGUGUGAAGGAGACACGGGUGACCUCGCUUGUAGCAAACAUCCUGAUAGGUGUGAGCGUAUUUCUGCUGCCAGUGCCGCUGCAGUGGAUUCCUAAGCCUGUGCUCUAUGGGCUCUUCCUCUACAUUGCUCUCACCUCCAUUGACGGCAAUCAAAUGUGUGACCGCAUGGCUCUGUUACUCAAAGAACAAACGUCCUACCCUCCUACUCACUACAUCCGUAAGGUGCCACAGAGGAAGAUUCAUUACUUCACUUUCCUUCAGAUGGUGCAGCUGCUUUUCCUGUGCGCAUUUGGGAUGUACCCUCUCCCGUAUAUGAAGAUGAUCUUUCCUCUUCUAAUGUUUAUCCUCAUACCCAUCAGGAAUUGUCUACUGCCCAGGAUCAUUGAGGCAAAGUACCUGGACAUUAUGGAUGCACAGCGCAUGUAACCACAUGCACACUGAGCCUCUGAGCAAAGGAUCUGGGAAUUGUAUUUCUGAAAUGCAAAUCUCUGGGAGGAAAAAAAAAAGGAUUCUAGUGUUUAACAGCAGGCGUUCUAGUGAAGCACUGAACAAGUAAGAAAGAAAUUGAGCGAGAGAGAUUAGAAAAGAAGGAUAUUUUAAGACAGAACAAGAGAGAGAGUGAUAAAAUGGGAAGAAGUUAGAGAUGCCUGUUCUCUGAGUAGAAAGACAGACUGCUGUGUGACUGUUUGACUAUUGACCUUGGUCAGUCACUGCUUCUCUCAUGAUCUGAUUUCUACACCAAAGCCCCCCUCUCUCUUUAGUCUAUUCUGAUGUAUCCAUGCACUGCAAUAUGGAUAAAACACUUCAUUUAUGAGACGUAGGAAACCAUCACAUGCACUCUCAAAAAUUGUGCCAAAACAAAAUUACAUCUUUGAUCAUAGUGUUUCUGACACAAAUAAAGCUGGUUUUCAAAGACACAGUGAAGUGUAUCUUCAGAGACUGAAUCAAUCUGUAGCAAUACCUCUUAAUGCUGAAUAUAAACACAUUCAGUGUGUCACACAGUCAGAAACUCUACACAUUGAGUAAAAAAGCUGUUUAUCAUAGAUUUUCCAGUGCAUUUUGGUACAUAACUGUGACAAUAAGUAAUAAUGAAGUGAGCAUGGACCAAAAGAAUACACUCACCUUAUUAGGAAACUGUGUCUUAUAGCAAUACAGCAGAUUAUUAGAGGAUAUCAAUAUUUUAAAGUUUUCUAAAGAGAGUUUUCUUUUUGAGGUAAUAGACAUCUAGUUUGGAUACCCACUGAUGUGUUGAGAAUGUAACCUAUACGCGUUGGUGUUUCAGGGAUAAAGGAGAAAAAUAAGCAGCAUUUCUGCGAAUCUUACUCACUGCUGAAUGGACUCUGACAUUUAAGCUUUGCGCAUCACAGGACAACACAACUGUCUACCUUCCCAAAUGACACAUACACAGAGGCAUGGAUAUAAACAACACAUGCAUUAUUAUGUCCGUCCAUUACACAAUAAUAAUAAUAAUAACAAUAAUAAAACAAUGCCUUUUAUUAGACAAUUCUUUGAAUUGUUUAACUCUUAUGUAAUGGUCAAACUAAGGUAUAGUAACAUAAUCCUACUUUAGAGUUGUUUUCAAAUUGAUUUCAAUUUUGCUGAAAACCCUCUCAUGUUUAGCACUGAGAGACCACAAGAUGUUGGAAUCUGAGAUGAUUCUGACCCAUCAAACCAAGUUACAUUCCCGGAGAGAGUGAGAAAAUAGAGAGGAGGAAAUGUUGAACAGAAUGUAAAUGUAGACGCACAAAUAGAGAGAGACAAGGUUUGAUUAAUCAUGGGCAAAAAGUGUGAGCACCUGUGCACAUAAUCAUAGGCAUUAUGAGAUUAGAAAAAGCUAUAAUAAUAAGACUAGACUGAUAUUUGGCAUGGUAAGCUUUAAGCUUGAGAGUGAGAAAGAUAAAAUGUGAGAUUUGAAAAAGUUCAUUUUCUCUUGAACAUCUUGCACCACUUGCAUAAGUACCAUUCCCCAUUUCUGUCUCUGUAUUCCCUGUAAAUGUAUCGGUUAUUCUCCUUGAAUCCUGACCUCUAGUGUUAAAACAACCUAUCUUUGGUAAUCCUGUUUGUCAUUGGACAUCUCUCAGUAUUUACUGUAACAAUAUUGAAGUAUUUUACUUUUAAUUUGUGAUUGCUCACACCUGGGUGGGACAUGUUGACAAGUUAUGUUCUGUGCUGUUUAAAUAUUGUUUUGGAUUUGUUUUUUUCCUAAUCAUGAAUGUGUAAUAUGUAGAUUUUUAUAUAACACAUAAAAGAUCCAUUGUCAAUUGAUUUUGUCAAACAGAUAAGCUAAAUUUGUAAACUGCAAUAUGUAAAAACUAAAGUAAAUAAGAGACAUGUUUAUUGGAAGGAUGGUGUGGGUUUAAUAGGGGUAUGCUAUACACUGAAAUCUAUAGGUCAUUUCAAGCUGAUUGCCAAAUAAAGAGAUAUAUUGAUA